GACGGAGGCCGCCGCCGUCGGUCAAAGGUCGACGGGCGGCUGGAGGUGAUGGCAACGGUGGGGGAGAAGCUGGGAUUCCUGCAGCGAGUGACUUCCUAUGUUGAUGAAAGCAACAUCAGAUGAUGAAGUACCAUGUCCUGGGUAUCUAUUUGAGGAGAUUGCCAAAAUUUCUCAUGAGUCUGUAGGAUUGUGUCAGUGCCUACUGGAGUACCUGCUGGAGCGACUGCAGAGCCAUUCCUGUUAUGUCAAACUGAAGGUUCUCAAGAUAUUGCGGCAUGUAUGUAAUCAUGGUUCACCUCAAUUUAUUCUGGAGCUUCGGAGGAAUGCUACCCUCAUUCAAGAGGUAACAGUGUUUAGUGGGCCUCCAGACCUGCUUCAUGGAAAUGCCUUAUACCAGAGGGUGCGAACAACUGCAGAGGAUUUAGCAAAUUUGUUAUUCUCUGAUGCUUUGCCAUAUCAAACCUCGUGCACUUUGUCUCCUUCCCGACCGUACCCACAGACAGGAGAAAACAUCCUGUAAUAAUGCAGAGAGGUCACGGACUGGCAGGGGACUACCCCACCUACUCAUUCUCACUUGGCAUGAGCAGGAGACCCUGGGGCUGGAGAGGCGCCAUGUGCCUAUGUCAACUGGCUGCGGGGAGGUUGGGGUGUCACAGGGAGGAAUGGGUUCAAGUCCUUCAUCCGGCUCCAUAAUGCAAGGCUUUGGGCACACAGCAGGGAAAAUACCUUCAGGUUCUGCCAGUGAUGCAAUUCUUAAUAAGAUACAAAAAGCAGCAGAAGCUAUGGCGAAUGCUGUACUUCCUCAAGAUUGCCCCAAAAAUCGUGGAAACCAUUAUCAUGCUGAGGGCUACCAGCCAGUAUUAUCAACUGCCUCUGAAGCAAAAGAGUUGAAAUCAGUUCCUAAAAGUCCUGUUGCUAGACACAGUACAAAGGCAAUUCAUCAUCAACCUGGUCUGCCAGGGGGAGGCUGGGAAGAAAGUGACAGUGGGCACAGUUCCCAGGAUUCCUCACAGACCAAUUAUAUCUCAGAUGGCAGCAAUAGUAAAACAGGUACAGACAGCCAAUCAGGGGGCAGCAGAGAGAGCGGAGACUUGAUGGAAAGAGUUGAAUCAAUAAACCUGAAUGACUGCGUGCAGGAAAUAACCUUGGUAAACAACCUGACCCAAGGGUCAAAAGUAUUUCUGACUAGAGAUGAAAUGCUUCAUUUUAUCAAAGAGUGUGGAUUGCUCAACUGUGAAGUGGUCGUGGAGCUUCUCAAUGAGAAACUGAAGGACCCCUCUGACUCUGUCAACAUGAGGUCAAUGAGCAUCCUCUCCACCCUAAUGUGCUCUGACCUGUUAUCACAUGAUCAGAUAUUUGCAAUUACCCAUAAGUGCUUGCAGCAGUUGAGUGAGGGUGGACCAGGGCCUGUGACCAGUCGAGCCACCAAGAUUCUGAGGCAGUUUCAGGCUUUGGAGGGAAGUAAGCUGGCAGCUCGGGGCUCAGCAUUGGAAAUCGCUCUGCCUAUUUCCAGUGACACCCUGUCAUGUAAUGCUGUGACACCUUUAACCAACUUCACUUCGGGGCUGAAAGGGAAAGUGUUGACGGACCCAUUGCAUUUCCAUCCUGGGUUAGAGAAGAUUCCAGUAUUAGAGAAAAGCCAGGGAUCAUCACUGUGUUUACCUCCAUUAUCACAAGAAACCUCAAUCUCACAGGAAAACCAGGGCCCGGUAUUUCCAUCUCUUUCAUUACCAGAGGUCAAAACUCAACAUACAGAAAAAGUGACUGAAAUUUCAUCCGAUGCAGUGGAUACUGAAAACAGUCAACCACAUUCAGAAGCACAAAUUAUAACUGUAACACAAACUUCUAUGACUGAGCAAAAUUUACAUUGUGAACAGCACAAGAGAAUAACAGCAGAACCCAAGCUACAAUCAGUGCAAUGCCAGAGCACAGCUUCUGAAGACACAACAGACAGUAAACUCUCUCUGUUUGCUGACAUGGUUCUUGUAGUACAUGAAACACCUUCAUUUCUGAAGCCCUGUCUUAACCAAGGAUCAUCCAGAGAAAUGCACACAUUAGCAGAACAGAAUAAAAUACCGGUAUGCAUUACAACUGAGGUGAAGAUACCACAUGGUAACUUAGGAAAUACAGACUCUGAAUGUAACCAAACAUCCGUAUUCUCAUUUCUUAAUACAUCCUCUUCUUCACACAGUAUCUGAAUUCUUGUAUUCACUCAACCAUCAACCAAAAUGAAACCAGUUUGGUACUUUCACACACAAGUUAUUUUAGAUUUUGAUUCUGCCCAGUCAUAAACAUAAGCAGGUGAGGCAUAGUUUUGUUUAUCAAAAUCCUGAUUUCAGAAUCUAGUGUUUGUGGUGAUAUCAGAGACACUAUCAAGCAGCCAACUUGAGAACAAAACUGGUGUCUUAAGAUGAGUCACUAUUGAAUACAAUUGAUGAAUUUUGUGCCUUCAAAUCAACCAAAACAGCAGUUUUAAAUGUGACUGUGUUUAUCGUGGCUGUCUAACAUUGUUUGCAAAACCAUAAUUAAUUGGAUGGCAUACAUUCUUCCACAGCAUAUUUCAGGAACAAUAUGUUUGUGGUAUAUCAAUUGAUAUUUUAUGUCAGUGAAAUUGGAAAGCAUUCGAAAUAUAUUAAUUUCAUAUCACAUCAUAUAACAACCAAAGCAUGCUUAGAAUAUAUGACACUAAAUACUAUAAACCAAAAACAGUACAAGUGCAGAUUUCAAUGAUUUAGUUGUGCUGCCAACUUGUCAUUUUUUCCAGCUGCUGUGAUCCUGUUGGUUAGCUGCUUGAUGCAGGUGUGUGAAAAUUUUUUAAAAAUCAUUUCUGAAAAAGUCUGUCUGCUUAUAACAAGUGUCUGCCUAAUCAAGUCAACAAAGAAUAGUUUCAAUAUAUUACAAAUGCUGCUGAAGAAUAAAAGUACCAUUUUUAACGUUC